UUCAAUGAUCUCGAUGGCAAAAUCAUGAUUCGCGCUACUGCCUUCAAAACAUUGUGUGCUGGCUUUCUUGAGGAAGGCAUACGGCCAUUAGCACGGAAUAACGCAGCGCAUGGUGUGUGGACACAUCCUGAGGGUGACUGGGAUUUAUUUGGCUUCUCGCUGGAAAAGCUGCUACAUCGAUGUCCUAUGCUUGGUGAAAUUGAACAUGGAGAUUUGAUAUGUGGUAUGGAGGCGUACACACCGGAUAAAGCACCAACGGUUGGCCACAGCAGCCAGGCUCGCGGAUACUAUGUGUUGAAUGGCCUAAAUGGUCAAGGCCUUUCUCUAGCUGGUGGCCUUGGAGAUCUGGUGGCCAACUGGAUAUGUGAUGGCAUCCCAGAAAUUGAUGUAGCAAAUCUGGAUGUGGGCCGAUUUCUGGAACUGCAUGCAAAUUCACAGUAUCUUAUGGAACGCGCGCCGGAGAUCGCAGCAAUGACCUAUAGUAAUAUGUAUCACUCACAUCAGUUCCAUACAGCUAGAAAUCUUCGCAUGUCACCAAUUUAUCAUCAUCUCCGAGAUGCUGGCGCUGUGUUCGGGGAAAUCAUGGGUUAUGAAAGGCCUUUAUGGUUUGUGCAGUUUCCUGGGCCAGAUCGCAACGCGCUCUUUCAAGGUCAGGAUGCCCUAGUUGGGAAACCGGUUUGGUUUGACAGGUUAGGCUCUAAUCCCAUGAUUAUCCUCUCUCUCAAAUAA